AUGGGAUUGAGCCGCCGCAAGCUCAAUCAGCUAAUGGUCGCCCCUAUCCCCCGCUGCUUCCACCGCGACUACGACGCAAAAACCCCCCACCGCCGCAGCCGCUCCGCCGCCGUUAUCCGCCUCGUCAAAUCCGAUGGCAUGGUCGCCAUCUACGACACCCCCGUGACCGCCUCGGAGCUGAUGGAGGAGUUCCCCAAGCACAUGGUUUGCCGCUCCGACUGCUUCUACAUCGGGCAGGUCACCCCCGCCCUCUCCCACCACGACCGCCUCCUCCCCGGCCACAAUUACUUCCUCCUCCCGGCCAAUUUCUUCCAGUCCGCCCUCUCAUUCGCCACCUUCCUCCGAUGCCGCACCGCCGCCGCCGGCCCGCCGCCUUUCGAGCUCGAGAAGACCGCCGCGGGGGGGCUGCGGGUCAAGGUCACCGAGGAGAUGAUCGUGCAGCGGCAGAAGGAAAUGGAGGCGGAGGCGGAGGUGGCGCGCCGGAUCGUCAGGGUCUGCACGACGCCGCAGCUGCGCAAGGACUAUGAGAUGCUUGUGGGGCGGCGAUUGCAGUGGAAGCCCAAGCUCGACUCCAUUUCCGAGCAGAAGAGCAGGAAGAUUUUGAGGAAAACUAAAUCGAAUGUCGUUUGA